UCGUCUCCCCAGUCUCGAACUGGACCAAAAUCCCCAAAUUUCGGACCUUUAGGGCUCCAGUGCAACCCGACGUUAGAGUUUUAUUCUCUUUCAAGAAUGAAGAAACCCUAGCUUUUGUGUUAGGACUGAGCUGGGGUUAAAUUCUCGAAGGGUUGCGGCUACAUGAGUGGAGAAGUUUGAAUUUUGUUGCUUUGAUUUGGGGAAAAAAUCCCCGGGGGUCUUCUGUGGGAGCUGCCCGAAGGUCGGUUAGGGGUUUCUGUGCUCAAUUCAGUAUGAUCGUUGAGAAAGAUUCGAUUUUGAUAGCGGGUUUGGCAUAAAGGCCACAUCUUGUUUCCUUAUUGGGAAUGGCAGAUGAAGGAAAUGAGAACGGCCUCAGAAGAAGAAUGGAUCUGAAUCUUUACUUGGGUCUUCCUCGUUCUCCUCGACCUCGAACUUCAGACCUCGGAUCCGAUCUUGCCCUUAGCUCUCUACCUUUAUCAACUUCAUCCACAUCCGAAGAAAGCCGAGCUCCUAUGGAGAUGGCCAAUUCUCAUGCUCCCUACUCCCCAUCUCAUGAACCUAGCAUUCCUCUCAUUGCUCAACACGAUGCAGAUGCUCCUGUUGAUGCCAAUUCCAAUCAAGAAUACAACCCGUAUUCCCCUUUUUAUGAACCACACUCUCCCAUCCCCACAAUGUUGCCUGAACCCGAAGAGCUUGAAGAGAAUGAAGAGCCGUUGGAAUCCUACAUUCCUUUAGACCUUGAAGAGGGGAAUGAUGACCCAUUAUCUGUAUACCCAUUGCGAACAAUGUCUCCACUUUUGAGACCAUAUGCUAACCCAUUUGUGCGUCGCGAUAUCCCGAUGUAUUCUCCUUCGAUGCCAUCUUAUGUUUCUAGGUCCCCGUCUUACUCUCCUCCUCCUGCAAUUGAUGGAGGCGACGAGUCUUCCUCAAGGCAUGAUAUUUUUGAGUCUCCUGAGUAUCGAUUGAGGAGAUUGCUUGAGUCAAGCCAGCGUCGGUUGAGGCUCAGAAGGUUCCGUUCUUCAGAAAGAUCCAAUCUUGGCCGUUCAUCUUCUCCUGUCACUGAACAGCAACCAGCUGCAGAAACUAAUGGGAAGCAUAAAGUGCCUGUGGAAGGUAUCGAAGCAGAGGGGUCGGAAGAUGAGAAGGAAGGAAAGAGCCAAUCCGCAGCAAAUUUUGAGUGUAAUGUAUGUUUCGAUAUGGCCCAAGAACCUGUUGUUACUUCAUGUGGCCAUUUAUUUUGCUGGCCAUGUUUGUAUCAGUGGCUGAAUGUUCAUAGCAUGCACAAAGAGUGUCCAGUGUGCAAAGGAGAGGUUAUUGAAACGAACAUCACACCUAUUUAUGGGAGGGGGAACUCAGAAGCUAGUGAUAGGAAAAAACUUGCAGAGAGCGAGGAAUUAAACAUAAAGAUUCCCCCGAGACCUCGUGGUAAUAGAUUUGAGAGUUUAAGACAGCAGUUCAGACCCAUUUCUCGAAGAUUUGGGGAAGGAAUCACAAACUCUUGGAGGCGACUUGUGAAUCAACAGAUGAGAAAUAGGCAUAGGUUUGAAGAGCCUAAUAUGCCUUCAAUGCUCAGCGGUGCUUCAAUGCUCAGCGGUGCACAUCAUGCAGUUCUGAAUAGUCUGAGAGCAAGAAGUUUGUUAAGAGAAGCAGAAACAAGUGCUGAAAUUAGGCGUGCAAUUGAAGAUAUCUCCUUGCCUGUCGAAGAUUCACCAAUCCCUCAAAGUAGUAGCUCACGCUCGUUAUUUCGUGAUGGUAGUGAUUUAAGUCCACUUCUUCAUAAUGCAAUUGAGUUUUGGCAUCGGAGUGGAGAGAGUACGACUACUCACCCUCGAAAUAGUGAUAUACAUUCAAUUUUUAGUGAUGGAAUUGGCCCGUCAGUUUGGAAUAGAUUCAAUGCAUAUAAUAGAUAUGGACCGUCAACAUCUUCGAUGAAUCCUUCCAGUCCUGAGCAGCUGAUACCUAGGGCUAAUUUAGCUUCGGCUUCUGCUGCUGAUCAAGUCUCUGGGUCAAGCACAACUGCAGUAAUACAGGGGGAUGUCAGUUUUCCAGAAGGUUCUAUGGAACCCAACAGUGCAGGAUCUUCAAGGUCAUCAUAUAGGAGAAGAGGAAGAAGCAAUGCUUCUGGUUCAUUGGAUUUGGAUGGAGUUCUUCAUGCACGUAAGCGAAGAAGGCUAAAUUGAACGUCUAUGAAUUUCCAUGCUCUUCUAAAUUAACUUAUUGUGUUCUAUUUCUUGUGGUGUAUUGUUAGUGUUGUUGGUUUAUUUCAAGUUGCUUUGCUGUUCUCUUUGUUUGCUUUACAUAUAAAAGUUAAGGAUGUAUUCUGGAAAAUGCUCAGUUUUGAAACAACAUUUAUUUAUAUGCAUCUGAAUGAAAAAAUUUCUUUUGAAACCUCUUGAGGUUUUCCAUUGA